AUGGACUACCUGGAGCACGCGAACGAUGGCUGGCUGAAGCCGAGGUUGCUUAUGGCACUGGUGAGGGAACGCCUCCCGGACGACAGGAGGCCGCUGGGCGACACCUUCCGUUUCUCCUCUGUCCUCUCCCUCGUGCGGGUCCACGGUCUCCUAUCCGAGUCCCAUUCCCGUGGGGCGCUAGGGAGAGAUGACAAGAAACUGGCUGGUGCGUGGACUGUCGCGGUCGAUACUUGGGUGGAGCGCUGCCUCUCUCUGUGCCGUAAUAAAAUGGUAAAGUUUACGUUCCAGAGAGUGGUGGAAGUCGGUACCCUUCAGUGUGCUCAAUAUUAUCGGGAUGAAGUUUCUCUCGGUUAUAUGUCGAUUCUAUUAUUCAAAAUAUCUCGAGACAAUAUCCUUGGCACAUGCUAAUUUAUAGCGAAUUACAUUUUUAACGCGGAGAUGAUUGGACGCACAUUAUGUACUACAUAGUGAAAAUAUUGUCGGGCAUGAUAGUUUCCGACCUUUUGUGAAUUCGCCUGAUGUUGGCUUUUUUUUCAUUUUCCUACUUUGGAUAUGCUGCAGCCAGACAAGUGUUGGACAGGAAUCUCCUUGCUGGGUUUUACCUGUGAGUUGUGUGCCUCUGACCGUUUUCUAGCGUCAUACCCCACUUGGUUCGAAGCACUUCUGUCAAAUCUUCAGGUUGGCCUUCUAUCCCUUCCCAGGUAGUCUCUUCUAUGUUCGUUUGAAUGUGUUAUUGAUCUGUUUCAGUCUCCCACAUGGAUCUUUUGAGCUCUUGAAAGAAUGUUCCAUACAAUACUGGAUUGAAAAGUCUAGCUCCAUACACAAAAAAUUCCUUGUGAGGAUCAACCUCCCAAGAAGGAAUGUUCUGUAAAAGGCCUUUUGUUUGAUAAAAAAUGACCUUCAGAACUCCACCUUCUCGUGUUUUCCUAUCCCUUACAUCGUAGAAGAUCUGGCAAAUGCUAGAAUUAGUCGAUUUAUUACUUUAAGGAAAGCCAUUAUUCUCUACCCUGUUCAUAGUCCCUGGAUAAUGGACAUGUAUGAUUAUUAUGCACUUCCUGAACAAAUAGAAGAACACCAGCAUCGCAUCAAUGAAAUAGGGUGAGCAUCCUUGUUUUAUUCAUCUGAACAGUUUUUGUUGGUCAAUCCUGUAACGACGUCGAUGUUUAGGAUAAGGAAACUCGAAAACAUGUGAAUUGUCCUCUGUUUUUCGAUCCAAAGUUGUAAGAAAGGUGAUUGAAGAGAGGACCACCAUAAACAGGGCUAGAUGGUCGAAGAGUACAAUUUUAUUACCCUCCAAAAAGAAUUUUAGAUAUCAGUGAAUGAUAAGUUUCUAUGAAUCAUUGAGAGCUCUUUACUUUGAUUACUUUUUUAAAAAAAAAUUCUUACAAUGAAGAAUAGAUGAUUGCUACUUUCCUUUUGUGUUCUUUACUCACUCUCUAGUUCUUGCUACUUCGACAUUUCAUUAAGUUGCUCAGUCAAGAGUUCAUAUUUUUCUUUUGAAAGAAGAUAGAAUUAUGCUAAAAGAAAAUCAUAAUCCUGCUCUGUUCUAUUUCAUAUAUGCUUUACGGUUUUCAUCUGUUUAAAUUUAAUGGACUAUUUGAGCGGUAAAGAGAGCAAAUCAUUCUAUUCAGUGACACCCAAAAGCUUUUUUCCAUAAUUAUUUAUUUUGGAUUCACCAUGUAUUUUUACUGUCAAACAUGACUAAUUUUUUAAUGUGCUGAUAAUUUUCGUUUAUCCUUGCCUUUUUCCUCUCAAAACAGCCACUGGCAGAUUCCCAUCUUGUAAAGUUGGCAUCUUGUGCAUCCAUGUCAGACCUUUUCACAAGGUUUGUUUUUAAACAUUAUAUACUUUCUGACGUCCAAGUGGUUUUCUACAACAAUUGUGUUGACCAAUUUUAAUAUUCUAGUGUAAAACCAGUCUCCAAGUCAUCUAUAAGUUGCUCUUGUCAUUCUACUAACCUUGUCUUAGUCACAUUGAUAUCAUUCUAAAAGUAAUCCGUCCUUGCCAUUUUUUAUAAUUUUCUAUGUGAUUACGUGACAAUUAAGACAUGAAGAGGAUUUACCUUAAAUAAAUAUUUGCUUUUUGAGAAGAUUGUCUACUGUACCUGUAUUAAAUUUCUCUAGAUCCAGUUAAGUCUAGCAAAACCGUUGAAGUUUGUGCCAUUGUUGCAAGAAGGUAGUUUCAUUGAUUCUAGCCAGUUUUUCUCCAGCCUUCUUGUCUAUUGUGUCAAAGAGAUUACUUUAUCCUCUGCUUAUAGAAUGACUAAGGGAGGUAAUACAUUGAUGAACUCUGGAAUUCUGGGAUUUCCUGAGUGAUAAAUUGUUGAUAAAAUGUGUGCUUUUCUAGGUAGAAGUUUAACAUUUUUUAACUUCAGCUCUACAUGGCUCUAUGUGGUAGAAGUCCAAUUAGUGGACGCAAACAUUUAGAUUUAUUUUUCGUUUCUAAAGAAACCUUCUCAAUUCAGAAUUUUGUCUCACCCUAUUUAAAGCAUACUUAUCCAAUGGCAAUGCAGCGCUCUAAAGAUUUUUUGUCGAUUAGGUUGUCCACAUUUCCAAAUGUGAAGAAAGAUGCAACAUCUCUUGCGAGUAAACUUGUACUGCCAGUUCUUCAAUUGAUGAGCGAGAAUUGUACAGAUGCCAUAUUGGUUAGUGCUUGUUGUCACGUUGGGUUACACUCGUCAUCUAUUUCCUGUCUCCCAAACGUAGUGUGUGAAAGAAUGUACUUCAGUAUAAUAUCCAGAAGUAUAGCUCUCUAAAAUGUCUUUUUGAUAAAAUGUUCUAGUGCUUACUGUGCAUUUUAUGUGAAGGUAGGAGCAGCAGAUCUAUUAGGCGCCCUCCUGAAGUUCUUCCCAUUUUCUCUCCGCCGUCAUUAUGGAAAGGUAACAAAUAUCAUAUUUUAUACUCCUAGAAUGUAAAUUGUAAUCCUCUAUUAGCAGUGCCUGGAGGUCAAUAGUUAGACAUUAGUUUUAUCUUUUUGUGUUCUUACUUUUUUGAUGUGAAACUUUGGGAGAUACAUGCCAUUUAAUUCUAUCUUUUAGAUUUUAAUGGAUGUAUCAUUUAUCAGUUCUGCUCAUUUGUUUCCCUAAGCAUAUCAAAUGCAUCAUUUGUGGAUAUUUGCUGAAAAUUUAUUCCCUGAUAUUGAUCAAUAAAGUUUUACUGUUUUCUUUUAGUGUAGAUCUUUUUACCAGGUUUUAUGCAUAUCUGAAAGGAAAACUGUCUAUUUGCUUAGUUCUUAUUGCAUGUUUUUGUUGAACAUGUGAGAACAGUUGCUUCACUUGUUUGUUCCAUUUCUAUGACCUUGGUGUGGAGUUGGUUUCCAUCUCUUUUUUAGACACUUUCAUAUCGUCUGUCUCUGCCUGCGUUUUCAAUUAAUUUUCUGUAUCUUUGUGAAAUCAUUUUGGAUGGUUGAAAAUAGGUUUCUUGGGUCCUUUUUUGUUCGUCAUUUUGUUGAUUUGAAGUGGUUACCGUUUACAGUAAUAUUCAGCUUUCCCAUGUUAUCAUUCCAGUGUCAGUGAGGAAGAAUUAUUUUGAUCAUGUCUCUUGCAUAGAUCCCUAUCCUAUGCAUGAUUAACAAUCAUUUUUAACAGUACCCUUUUGCAACAUAUACUCCAACCUGAACGUACAAGUAUAUGUUCCAAAUAACGAAGUAGAUCUUGUGAGGAAAAUUGUUUAGAGCAUCUCCCUCCAUUUUGACCUCCUAAUCUUUUUUUAAUCUUUCGCUUAUUUUGUGGAGAAAUGUUUUUGAAUAACAUCAAGACAGACAUGGAGAGGUUAAAGUAUCCACAAUCCGUCCUCUACCGUUCCAGUCCUGAGUGAUUUAAGACAAAAUCUUAUUCCCGAACCAACUUUAUGAAGAAGGAUACAUUCAAAACGGGAAUAGUGGAUUUUAACUCAAAAAGUAAAUUUAUCUGAAGAUACUUGAUCAGAAUCUACUUUUUUAACGUUAAUUGAAGGAUUUAACUAUUCGGCUGUGCUAAAAUCAUUGUACUGUUUUGAUGGUAGGCCGAAGCGGUUAUUGUUUCAAACCUUAUGUCACAGAAGUGUAGCAUGGAUAUAUCAAAGGUGAGAUUCAGGUUUGAUUUCAUUGCAGCCUCCCACUUGUACUCCUUAUCUUUUUUCUCAUGAUGCUUUCCCUCCCUCUCAAAAAAGAAACUUGCAUAUUGCCUCGCUUUGCUUCCAAUGGUCGGAGGUGAUGAGAACAGCUGGAUCGCAAUAAUGCAGAAAGUUCUUAUAUCUAUAAAUAUGUAUCUGAAUGAAGCCUUCAGAGGACUAGAGGAAGGUUUGAACUCUUUGCUGUCUAAGACGUUGUUAGAAGUCUCUAUAUGUGCGUUUAAUUAUGGUAGCUUAAGCCUCUCAUUUCAUGUUUCUGCAGAACACAGAUCAACUGAAGUUAUGAGAUUGUUGGUUCCACCUGGGAAAGACCCUCCCUCUCCCUUAGGAGGUCAGUCCCUGUCGUCGUCUGUUGCCUCAAAGACAGCAGCAAGCAUUCAGGAAGUGUUGGUUCCUAGGGUUUCUAUGUUGAUGGACUCUUGUUGUAUUAUGAUUACCUAUCCAUAUUCUAUCCAGGUGAGGUGACUGUGUUGUCAAAUAUUUAUGGUUUAGUCUUUUUCUUUUGGGAUUUUAAGGGAUUUUAAAUUUUCAUAUGCAUGUAUGCGAAGAUGUGAACAGUUUUCUUAUUUUUCUUGCAUUCAAUUUUUUUUUGUAUGCUACUUUUUGACAGGUGAAUCUCCCUGUUCAAUCCUUAAUUUUGCUUGUUGAGAGGGUACUUUCUGUUGAUGGUUCAUUGCACGAAACUCUAUCAAGCUUCACUUCUGAGCUACACCAAGAACUUCUCUGUGCUGAGCUUCCAACUUUGCAUUUGAGUUCCUUGGAUCUUUUGAUCGCUAUUGUUAAAUCAAUGCGAAGGUGAGGUAUGCUUGGCUUACAUCAUUGUUGUAGUGGUUCAGAGGGCAAUGAAUUGAAGCUUGGUUAAUUGAAAGUAAAGACUAUUUUUGAAAAGCUGGAAUGCCACUAUGCAGUUCCACCCUUAAAGUUGAUACUGCUUUUUGUUUCUCCAACUUCUUUUCUACGACAGUGGAUAGAAUCAGUUAUAUAUUUCUUUACCUUGACAUCUUAUCAACACUUUUCAACUAUUUAUUUCCUCAUUAAAGUCUAGUUCUCUCUGUAAUGUUUUUUCAUUACGUAUGAGUUGCUAUAAGUUUCUAUUUAUAAUACUGAUAUGGAUGCCCUUAUUUACUCUUUCUGUUGUAUACUGCUGAAUGUAAAACAAGGAUAUCCCCUUUGCCAAUAUAUUCUGUUUCAAAUUUUCAUGCCGAGUAUUGAUGUUGAGGGCUUUCUAGCUGGCUUACUAUGAUGUGUUUUGAAGUUUUGCAAAUCCUAGGCUUAUAAAACGCUUGAUGGAUUACACCAAAUUGUUUUUUCUCGAAAGAAAAAUGAUUAGCUCUCCUACUUUAGUCACAUAUUCGCUCAUGGUUGUUUUCGGUGUUUGUGCUUUUAUAUUCAUUUGCAUUGUUGGGCAACGAGAUACACUAAGUGUAUUUUAUUUUUUAUCUUGCAGCCAACUAUUGCCAUAUGCUGCUAAUGUUACGAGGAUUCUGACUGAGUACCUUAAUAGAGCCACCUUACCUUGUUUAAGGAUAAAAGUUUAUUCAAUCAUGGAGGUUUUGCUCACUACAAUGGGUGUUGGUAUGUGAUGAACUUCAUCGUCUCCAAACUGCUUGCGAAUCGUCUUAGGAUAUCGCUAUAAUGCAUAUUUAGAUAUAAAUUAUCAAUUAUUGCUUAAUUUUUCACCUUAGAGUAACUGAUUUCUGGCGCGCAUGAUUGCUUAUGACUUUUGGCCUCAUACAUCUUUUACCUGUUCUCCAUUGUUUUACAUCAGGUCGUGUUAUAUGCUCAAGUGGAAAACAUUUUUCUGGUGUUCUGAUUCCCAGAUUCAAUGGUCUGACAGAAGAAAUGGGAAAAAAAUCUCCCUCUAUUUGAUUAUUUUACUUGGUUUAUUCCCACGAAACAAUAAAAGUAAAAACUGUGGGUCACCGCUAGUAUGGAUUUGAUCAGAUUUUUUUAAAGCAUUGAUAUCUAUUGUUUCUUGGAAUGUUUAUCUCUGGGCUAUAUUUUGUCUAGUAAGUUUUUGACAAUGACUUACUAAUGUUUGCCUAUCUUGAUGCUGAUUAGUAGUGUUGUGUCCUGUGGAUCAGGAAUUGCCCUAUACCUGGGAGAAGAAAUCAUCAACAACGCAUUUGAUGAUUUGAAUUGUUUUAGUGACGAGAAUAGAAAAGAGUCUUCUAAUCUGGAUCAACCUAACGUGUUGGUACGAUCUAGAGUUCACGGCAAGAGCAAGAAAAGGAAGUACGGGUCUGGUGCUCCGAAGGACCUCCAGAUUGUUGUUGACCUCGGAGAGAAGUCAGUUAACAGAACACUCGGAGCUCCCCUUUCUGUUCAAAUUUCAGCUCUUGAAACACUAGAAACUCUUCUUACUGUGGUAAGUACGAACAUUCAUUUCUGAUGAUCUUUACAUGCAUAUCAGCGAAUUACAGCUGCAAAGUUUACUCAAAGCUUGUAUCUGGUUUUUCGAACAUGUAAACGAAAUUAUUUUACAUUCAAGGGCAGAUUUUUAUUUACGGAGUCACCUUCUUCUUUGAACUGACGCCAUUAGCUUUCUAAUAUACAUCCAAGGACCCUGAGUGUUUCAUUUUUUAAUGCUACUUUUUUUUUUCAGUGUGUAACAUUACUUUUGAUUGAUCUCUAUUUUUUUCCACUGUCUGUGCUGGGAACUUUGAUAUUUUUCUCGGCAAAGUAAUAUAUCAAAUAAAAAGGAACAGGAUUCUAUUGUUUCUAUGUGCCUCGGGCAUUUUAGCCUGGCUGCAAUAACUCAGGUAUCUGAAUGUAAUACAUUUUUAUUGAGUUACCCAAUUGAUUUGUUGCAAACACGCAUAUGGGUUCUUCAGCCUUUUCACAUAAUUCUUAUCUUUUAAGAAAUUCUGUCGGCCUGAGGCUUCUUUCUAAUCUGCCGUUUUUUAACUGAAACCAUAACAGGCCGGGUCAUUGAAAGCAGAGUGUUGGCGACAGGAUGUGGACCAGCUUCUGAUUUCCGUGGCAACAGAUGCUUGUUCUGUGGGACCAGACAAUGAAAGAAAGAGGAGCAUGCUGGAGUGGGACUCAUACUAUGCUUGGGCUGAUUUCAAACUUGCUGCACUCCGGGCACUUUUAGCAUCUCUACUCUCACAUUCUCAUAUCCGCUCUCCAUAUUUUUCACAAGGUCUUGAGCUCUUCUAUCGAGGUAAUACUUAGCAGUUGCUCUGGAGUUUUCUUUUACUGAACAUUGUGUCAUAGCGAUCACCUUUAUGGAUUUUUACGUAUGUCCGCAAAUUUUUGAUUUCAAGAUGCUCGAUUAAAAAGUCAAGCGAUUGAACUUCUUAUAGGUCCAUUAAAGUAAUUCCAUUAAAGUAAUUAAUGCGUAUUAAGAUAACUCUACAUUUUCCCUUCUACGAUAUGUGGAUAAUGCAUUCUUGGCUUUCUGAUGCACCUUCAGUCUAAGUUUAAAAAUAUAACAACUUCAUUUCCAGCGAAUCAAAUCAGGAUUAGAAGCUACAUGAAAGAUUCCACUUCAAGUUCUUUUUUAAAUUCCUUCAAAUAUAAGAUUUUUUUAUAUUGUGGAUUGAGAACACCUUCUGUCCAAAAUACGGCCCUUCAGUCUUUCCAUCGCAUUCUCACAUUUUUCGGUAGUUCAUAUGUAUAAUUUUUUUUCAGAGGGUAAUUUUAUGAUCUAAAAUAGUAUACUCAUGGAAGUGUGGAAGUACUUGAAAGGACAUUUCUGUGACUUAGCUAAGAAGAUAUUUUUCCAACUAAAUUUCUAAUUAAAAAUAUGCUUAAUGAGGUGUUAUACAAUGUGAUUGUUUUUAAGUUGUUCAAACAAUUAUAACAUCUGGUCUGCCUACUUUUGAAAUGGAUGAUAGCUGUUGAUAGGGGAAGCAGAGAGGUGGCUAUGCCAAAUGAAUAGUUUUUUUUUGUUUUUUUUUUUUUGGGAUCCGACUCCGAGUGGAUUCCCUCCAACAAUAGGCGUAUGCCGCUUUAUGUGACGAGCCCACAGUAUUCUUUUGUAAAAGGCGAAAGGAUAGUUCGCUCUAUGCUCAUCAUGCGGCUGCACCAAAUGAAUAGUAUUUAGUGAUGAACCAGUUAAAUUUUAACAUUGCCAAUUUUUCAUUUUACCUUCAUUUUUUGCUGAGUAAUGUAUCGUUGUUUUUUCUUGGGAUAGGAUCCUUUAUUUAUCUCUAAGAACUAAUGAAAAUUCCGUGUGGGGACUUUUUUUGUUUUUCUCCAUUUGUAUUCCACAUUUUCCAAUCAAUAAUUCUUGGAAUGCUAACAAUCUUUGAUUCUUGUUCACUGAUAGCAUUCUUGCGGAAAAACAAUUUUUUUGCAGGAAAACAGGAAAUAGGAACCAAAGUUGCCACAUUCUGUACACGGGCGAUGCUGGCAUUAGAAGUUCUCAUCCAUCCUCGGUCCCUUUCAUUGAUGGAUUCUCCUACCCAGAGGGGCUCUGAUUUUAAUCGGAUAAUUAGUAAUCAGCCUGGUAGCAUGUUUCUUGCUGGCCGAAAGUCAAUUUUUUUCCCAGAUCCAAGAGAAACUCCCCAAGUCGUUGAUGAUUCUGCUCUGGCCAAUGACGAUGGCGAGCCCUAUAAUACCUGCUUAGAUGGUCGGGAAGAAGGUUCAACCGGCGCUACUAAGGUGGAUGAGCGCAUGGAAGAUGCUGUUAAAACCACUGGAACAAUUCUAGAGCCCCAGCCAGGCAUAGCCGUUGUCUUCCCCUCUCUGGCUGAAGACAAAGAUGAUGACGAACCGGGAAAUACUCAGGAAGAACCUUCCAUGAAUGCUGAUUCUUCUGACGGUAAGAAGAUCAAAUUGGUCUCAAGCGAGGAAACUGCCAUGUAUAAAGGGGGCGAUAUCCAGGGAGGUGGAGAUGUUCCCCCUGAGAGUCAUGUGCUUUCAACUCAGGGAAUUAUGAGGCUCUCCAAUGAUUCCCGCUCCCCUUCUCUAGAUUCAUUGCCAGAUAUUGUUGACGCUGACCCAGACUCAGACUAG